AUGCGCUUCCUCCACUUCCUCCCGCUCAUUCUCGUCGGGCUCUACAAGCUCGACCAAAUUCUUCCGAGAUUCUACAUCUUUGACCCGCAAAGGCUUCAGGAGCUAUCCAAGGCUUCAAUUGAACGGCACCCGAACAAUGUUACGGAAUUGAUGACGGAUCUCAACCAGGCGUUGCGUAUGGAAUACGGGGAUAAGCAUGUACUUCCCUUCGAUCAGGAUCCGGCCCGCUGGGUUUUCAGCAACCACGGAAACGCAAUGGGCGCAAUGCUCAUUCUCCACGCGUCGAUUACCGAAUAUCUUAUCUUCUACGGCACACCGCUCGGGUCCGAGGGCCACUCGGGCGUGCACCUCGCGCACGACUACUUUACGAUACUGCAUGGCGUCGAACGACGGUUCUUGCCUGGCGAACUCGAGGCGACGGAAUAUCAUCCUGGUGACCAAAAUUGGCUUAAGAGAGGGGAAGGAUCGCAGUAUCAGUUGAAUGGGAUGGAUCCCGUCGAUGCUUCCGUUUGGCUUUGUCGAUACGUUCACGAGCACGCUGGACCUGGUGAAUCUCUGGAAGACUGUGUAUUGGACCGCGAAGGGGAUGGGUUCUCAGCUGCUGAUUGGGAAAUUCUAAUCGCUAUAGGCCAUCUUGUUGGGCAUUUGGCCAAUUCGGUUAUUUUGGGAUAGACUUCAGGGUAAUAAUACGAUAUGUCCUUCCAAAAGAAAGAAAGGGAAAAGAAAAA